GCCGCCAUGCAGGCUGCGCCGCGCCUCGCCUUCGGGGUCAUCGCUGACAUCCAGUUCGCCGACGCGGAGGACGGGCACGACUUCGGCGGCUGCCGGCGGCGCUACUACCGGCACAGCCUGCGCUUGCUGCGGGAGGCGGUGCGGGAGUGGGCCGGCGAGAACCCGCCGAUAAACUUCGUGCUGCAGCUGGGCGAUAGCAUCGACGGGCAGAACGCCCGGCGCGGCGAGGCCGAGAGCGCCUUGCAGCAGGUGCUGGACGUGCUGGGGCAGCUCUCGGUGCCCGUGCACCACGCGUGGGGCAACCACGAGCUCUACAACUUCAGCCGGGCGCGGCUGGUGCACACCGGGCUGUACAGCCGGCCCGCGGGGGGCUCGGACGGGCCCCCGGACAGGGAGUGCCACGCGUAUCACUGCAGCCCGGCGCCGCGGCUCCGCCUCGUCGUGCUCGACAGCUACGACGCCAGCACCCUGGGCACGGACCCCGGCAGCCCCCGCUACCAGGAGUCCCUGCGGGUGCUGCGGGAGAAGAACCACAACGAUGAUCUCAACAGCCCCGAAGGGCUCAAGGAACCUCAUUUUGUAGCAUUUAAUGGAGGAUUUAGCCAAGCCCAGCUGGACUGGUUCGAUGAAGUCCUCAAGUUCUCUGAUGAAAACCAAGAAAAAGUUAUAGUUAUGGCUCACGUGCCCAUCCAUCCGUGUGCUUCCAAUGGGGUUUGCCUGGCCUGGAAUUACGAGGCUGCCCUGUCAGUGAUACACAGACACAGGUGUGUGGUCUGUGUGCUCGCAGGGCACCUGCACGACGGCGCCUACUGCCAGGACCUGCACGGAGUCCAUCACCUCACCCUGGAGGGGCUCAUCGAGACCCCCCCCGACAGCAACGCCUUUGGAACUGUCCAUGUCUAUGAAGAUAAAAUGGUGUUGAAGGGAAGGGGCAGGAUUCCUGACAGAGUUAUGCAUUUCUGAAAUACUGGGCAAAUAGAGAUUGUUCUUCUGCAGGAAGGACUCGGAUGAAAAUGGAGGAGAUUCAGCUGUUUGCUUUUAGAAAGCUGUGCAUGGCUGAUCCUUACUGCUUUAGCUCAGGCGUUUUUCUCUUGGAUACAGAAUUUUAGAAAUUAUGGUUCUGUAAGAGAGCACCUGACUUCUAUUUGGAGAAUAGAGAAGGCCAGUAAUUGAAAUUAAUACACUGGAAGGCAGAGUGUUGAUUUCCAACACCCAGUCCAGACUGGAUUUACUGCUACUAUUUACUGUAUUGCUAUGGUUUACUGGAUGCAAACCAUAUAAAAAAUAUUGCUCAAAAAAAGCCCUAAUGCUGUUCUCUCAGACUGGAUUGGUACUGUGAAAAGAUGCAAACCAUAUAACGAAUAUUGCCCAAAUAAAGCCCUCAUGCUGUUCUCUCAGACUGGAUUGCUACUGUGAAAAGAUGCAAACCAUAUAAUGAAUAUUGCUCAAAAAAAGCCCUAAUGCUGUUCUCUCAGACUGGAUUGCUACUGUGAAAAGAUGCAAACCAUAUAACGAAUAUUGCCCAAAAAAAGCCCUAAUGCUGUUCUCUCAUUGAGCAUUAAAGCAUGCAGAGUUGUACCUGCCCAGCCACAUCUCUUAUUUAUUUAUUUUCUGUGAACAUUACAGGAAGAUCUGAUGUCUGGCAGAAUAUAUCCAGCCUGUAGCCUAAUUCAGUCUUCCAACUUUGCUUUAAAAGGCUGAAGUAAUCCUGAGAGAAAGCUGAGCCUAAGGAGACCAUCUGUGCUGCAGAUGCUCAGGCUGUGCUGUGUGUGCACAGCUGGGAUCAGCUGCAGCAGUGCUGACAGUGAGCUCUGACACCCAUCUCAAUAAAGGUGUUGUGUGUUACACCUGGA